GUAGUUAACUAGUUAUCUCUAAUUGAUUUAUCGGUUGACUUCACAUGUAACAUGUUUCACCAACCACCAUUGUUACUCCUGCAUCUUUCAACACAAACUGCAAUCUUUUUCUCUCCUUUGAAUGAUCACAAAGUCUGUAUUUCACAAGUCUUCCAUUUCCAUUUUUUCUUUUGAGAUAUUGUAAGAUAAUUUUCAUCAAAUAUGAAUGUUGAUGCAUCAACUUCAUCUUCAGCUUCAACAAAUAGGGUGCUCUACUCUUUUUGGCUAAGUUCUUGUUCUUGGCGCGUUCGAUUUGCUUUGAACUUAAAAGGGCUUGAAUAUGAGUAUAAAUCAGUUGAUCUUUUCAAAGGGGAGCAAUUUGAUCCAGAAUUCGAGCAGAUCAACCCACUUCGUUAUGUUCCAGUUCUUGUUGAUGAUGGAGUUGUGGUUUCAGACUCAUUGGCCAUCCUAAUGUACCUAGAAGAAAAGUAUCCUGGGAAUCAACUUUUGCCAGCUGAUCCUUGUAGACGAGCUCUCAAUCUUCAGGAGUAUAUUGAGCAGAAAGUUAGUCAAGAGGAGAGUAUAACAUGGUCUCAAACAGUUAUCGAAAAGGGUUUGUCUGCUCUGGAAAAGUUGCUUAAAGAUUUUGCUGGCAGAUAUUCUACGGGAGAUGAAGUAUCCAUGGCAGAUGUAUUUCUGGCACCACAAAUUUCUAUUGCAAUCAGCAGAUUCAAGACUGAUAUGAACUUUUCUCAAGACUUCAGAUCACGUGUAUUACGUUUUCUAUUAGAAUCAAGGAUGAUACAUAAAUCAGAAAUUCAGAAUGGAGGUGUAUUUUAUAAAGACUAUACAUCAGUUAGGUAGCCGUAGUGUGAUGCUCAUAUUAGAAGCUGUUGUGCAGUUGAAGUGUCCUGCAUCACGCAGGAAGUAUGAUUGAAUCAAGUGAAGUAAUGACAUUUUUAUAAAGAAUAUAUAUGCAUCGGUAAGGUAGUGUGAUGCUCACAUUUUACGAGUUGUUGUGCAGUCCAAGUAUCCUGUAUUAAGCAGGGUGUACGAAUCAUGUGAAGCAUUGCCUGAAUUUCAAGCCUCUAUACCUGACAGACAACCUGAUGCAAAAUGACUCUGAUUCAGCUGACUUCUCUUCACCAAAGUGUUUGAAGAUUAAGGUUUGGACUUUGCUUACAAAAGCAGACAUUCUCCGAUAUGGAAAGAGUUCGAGAAACAUAGCCUAGCUAGCAGUUUUUACCAAUUUGCAAGGGAUGAUUCAGGACUUCAGUUUUCACAAUCGUAUAAUGUUUGUUAAAUUAUAAAAAAUUCAAACGUAAGCCCCAAAAUUACUGUAAACUAUGGAGUGUUGAAAAAGACAAGUAACAAAUAUUGGAUAUUGAGUAAGGUAGCAACAACA